CUCUCUUUUUGAAGUGUCGCCCUCAAGCGCCUGUUUGUCGAUCGUUAUGGGUUAAUGCGCGUUGUGUGACCCUCAAGCAGUAACUCACAGGAAAUUGUUUAUGCUCAAGCGCCCUGUGCAUGAAACUGUUAAACUCAAGUGCUGUGGGCAAGCGCAGUUGAACACUUUUGUGCCCUGUGCCGGACCUGUUGACACUCAAGCGCUCUGUGCAUGGUCAGUUUUGCACUCAAGGGCUCUCUGCAAGGUCAGUUGUACAGUUAAGCGCUCUGUGCAGGGCUUCCAAGUGUUGCUAACUGUGUACGACUGCCUGCUGGCGGAGUUACCGGCGGCUGGUGAUAUAUGGAAGAAGGUAUAUUUACCGUUGUGGCGCCGGGCGGGCAGGUCCUGCUGUGUUACGGUGCUCACCAAGUAUAACGGGCGUGUGUCACUGGUGGCACUACGUGUGACAGGCGUGUGUGUCACGGGCGUGCCGGCACGUGCAUGUGUAUUGUAGUGCGUCACGUGACCUGUGACACUUGUGACGGGAGACAUCAAACAAGUGUGACGAUCAUCACUUGUGACGGGCGCCACGUGCGUCACCACCGCCAGCGUGAUGGAACAUGCCAGACUUAUCGACGAGAUGGAGGAAGGCGUCUCGACGGAGACAGGCACCCAGCAGAAGCCCGCCUCUAAAGUGAGAGUGACCUUCUAUGAGAGCUCCAAGCCCCUGGUGGUGACCUCCCCUGAGCCCUCCGAGUUUGACCAGUUCUACCCUCAAGACCUAAUAAUGGCCUCGCCCGUCACUGAUGCCCAACUACCAGGCUUCGAUAGACAACUAAGUACGGACAGUGGACGUGAUAACCCAUUCCGGCCUGAUGGCGAUAUCUCUCGUGAAGCUGAUGAGAUCGUGCAGCUAAUUAAGUCUGGCCGGCCACUUCAGGCUGGCCAACGUCCAGGAGAUGUGUCAGAUUCUAUAGAUGGCACCCCAGCCUCCCCGACUGAAAAUGAAGCUGCUGCAGAACCCCUCGUUACAGCAAAAGAUGCCUCACCGCAGCAGCAGCAGCCACCACCACAGCCAAUACCAGCAGCAGUGCCAUCAAAACCAGUGACAGACAACACUCCAUCAUCCCCGGGGAAGGCAGGUGCUAACGGUUCAGCAGCACCUGAAAACUCUGCGGCAGGCACUGUUGAGGUCACACAUGCCACAGUCACCCCCACAGACGCUGCCCAUGUUGAACAUGUUGUCAUUAAGAAGAAAAGCAAAUGUAAUUGCUGCGUGAUCCAAUAGUGGGUAUGGGCGUGUUUACUGUGAGUGGGCGUGAAUAGGGUGAUGGCGAAAGGACUGAUCGCCCCGGCAGUAAGACUAGGACACGUACCGGCGUAAUCCUGGGGUUAGAAGGGCGCAAGUGCGGUGUUGCUUGACUUAACAUGUGCUUUGUCUUUUCUGCUGUGUGCACAAUCCACCAUGACUCUUAUUAAAGUGUUCCAAAGACUGAUGAAAAUAUAUUUUAUGUAUCUUAAUAAUUUCAUAUAUAGUUUUUUGCUAGGUGAAAAAAAAAGGUUAUUUCUCUCUGCUUAGAUCGCCUUCAUUUUGAUCACUGAAACACACACUACAUUACUAGUUGGCCAGAUUAUAAUUAUUUCUUUGCUCAUACGAGUGCCUGCUCCACCAGCUGGCAUAAGUAACUCGUAUAAUGUGGGGAGCUUACCAGGUGCUCACAAAGCGCUUGAAGCCCCUUAUGGUGUCUAGGGCCUUACCAGAUACUCAUUAAGUAUCUAGAGAAUGACUAGGCAUUCACAUGGAGCUUGUGGAUAGCCAGUGGUAUCCACCAAGCAAUCAUGGGGUGUAGUGCCUUGGCCUCUAGGCACUAAUCCAGUGUCCUGGGAUGUGCCGGCACUCACACAGUGUUUAGAACCAACAAUACACUUGCUUCAGUGGCUCUGGGAUAGAAGGCACCCAUAUAGUGUUUUAAGGCUGUUAAACACUGAAGCAGUGUCUUGGACAUGCCAAGCACUUACCAAGUGUCUGGACGUAGUGUGAAGGGUGAUGGAAGAGGCUUCUCCAGGGAGGGAAUCCCUGGUAGAAGAAAUAAACUCCUUCUAUAGAAGGAUUAAUUCUUUAGUCUCCUCAAUUAAACGAACUGAUCAAAUUUUUAUGUGAAUGUAAAUAUUCUCUCAUUGCUGAAGUGGAUAAUCGAUAGUGUUAAAAAUUUUUAGAAAACUGUACUGGGAAGGGAUACUGCUUGAGGUUGUAGAAUUUUAUAUAUCAUGUCUGGAGAGGCUAUAAGUUGGUAACUGUGGGUUCCUAUAUGAUGAUGGGGUAUAAUCCUCACUGUUGUACGAUUUGAAUAUAAAGGUUGUGCUACUUGAGCCUGCAAAAAUACAGUAAUGAAGUAAUGAGGAGUGUGGUGUGGCUAAGGUAGGUAGGGACAGCCAUGGUGCUAGAGCCACAUCCUCACAGCUGCUUCACCACCAGCAAUGUCACCCUUCAGCAAAGACAAGAUAUGAGCACACAGUAGGCCAGUUGAAUGAUCGCUUUUAUGAAUGAGUGGUUAGGUGACCAUAACUUCAUCGAAUGAUGACCUAAACACAAUGGUGUAGGUGAUGAAUUAAUAAAGGUUGGAUGGACUUUAUAUUAAAACCACUUGUAACAUUGUGUGUGUUAAUAUCAGAUGAAUACUCUGAACAGGAGAGGACACUGUGGUGCUCUCCAUUGUAUUUCCAUACUAGACUAAGGAAGUUAGCCUUACAUAGUAAGAUCCAAAUUCUUUUCAAAACUUGUAUGUUUGGCAGACAUUUUUAGUGGAGAAUGUAAAAAUUUCAUCAGUGAUGGUAAGUGUAUUUGGAAAGACAGGAUAACUUGAUGGAUAUGAUAGUAUGUGCAUGUCAGAGCUGAUAGGUAUUGUGUUCCAGAUAUUAAAGGUGUACAGCCUCAGAACUUGUACACAGUUAAAAUCUUGUCUUUUUUGUGGUGUAAGAACCCCUGGCCUGUAUGAUGAAUGUGAGUUAUUUCAUGCUUGUGAUAUGGUUACCGUAUAUUUUUGAGUUUGGAUUUGUUUAGACAUGAAAUUAAAGAAAUGUUAUAUAUUGAUCUCCAUGAUUAUCAAUUAUCAUUUUAUUUGUAAUUGCAGACUUAUAUAUUUCAACAUGAUAUUGCCGUAUGGUAACAAGUGAUGGCACUGUAUAAAGAUUGCUAUUACCUGGUAAGAAGAUAUCUUCCACUCUGUUAUUGCUCCUGUUGUAUUUUAUCAACUCAAUUUAUUCAUGCUAAAAAUAUUGGUAAAAGUGACCCAUGGUUUUUGGUCUUGCAGUCAACAGAUAGCUCAGAGUAUGAUUAUAAAAAUAGUAUUUUUUUCACACUUUGACGGCAAUAUUUCUUUCACGGACUGAUGUAUUAUUUGAUGUAUUUAUUUAUUUUUUUAGUCCAUAAUUGCAAUGCAUAUAUACCAUAUAUUUUGUACUGCUACUUAGUGAAAUAGAUCAGUUUGGAAGUUAAUUUAAACACUGACAAGCAAAAGACAGCUACUGUAUCUCGGUCACUCAUGGUCUUCUAACACAACAAAAUUGUACACACAAGUUUAGUGAUGUUACUGUACCCAACAGCUCCCAACUACUUACAUAGACAGUACACUGUAUUAGUAUUUCAUUUCGUGAUAUCUCUACAGUACCAAGUGAACUCUACAAUUGGUAUAUGCACAUAUGUACAGUACUACUGUAUAUUAAUUUUUUUUUUAGAAUUUUUUGCGUUCAGUUGACUCAUCAUUUUUUAUCCAAUUCAGAAUUUUUAAGUAUUUUAAUGUACUGUAUAUUUGAAAUUAGGUCUUGGGAUAUAAUAAACAACACAAUGAAAUGUUGUUGUCAUUAAUACAUUGUAGUGGCACCAUGUGAAGUUAGGCUGUUAUACAGUAUAUUAUUCCUGUUUUAUUUAUUUAUGUUUUUUAACUGGACCAUGUUUCUGAAAGUAGUUACAGGCUAAGAAAGAAAGAGAAUGAUGUGUACAUAGUUUACUGAUAGAGGUUCAUAUGUAAAUUUUACAUAAAUUCAUCAUUGUAAAAAGCAUAUAGAAGUAAAGCACUUAGUUUCCUUUGUUAGAUACAUUCAUUAUAAUAUAAUUGGAUGAUUCUUCUCAGAUUUAAAACCCUGAGGAAGUUAUUGGAUGAGAUGGAAGAGCCUGAGGUUUAUCAGCUCACAAAUUGUUAAAGAUAAUGAAUGAUAACUUGCUGCCUUCAUGAGGGACUCAAGCUGCAUGGUGAAUUUGUAUGAAGAUUAGGUCUAAUAUAAUUACAAUGUAGAACUGUAUGUUUAAACACUCCUGUCUUACUGUGAGAGCUUAUCUUGUGUUCCUGAUAAAUCUCUCCACCAAAGACACAGGUGUUAAUUGUAGACUUACUUAGGUAUCUUCAGAACACUGACUCAAAGAAAUUUACUAUAACUGCUAAGAAGAAAAAACUCGGUACCCAAUGAGUUGCGAAUACUUAAAAAAAAACCACAAAUCAAUCUGCACACACAUUCAAUUCUGUUUUUAUGAAGUGAAACUGUCAGAUACAUAUAAUGAGUACAUUACUCUUUUCUUCAUUUCAUUGUUUAUGUACAAGAUCUUGUGCAUCACGAUAUUGUAUAAUAUUAAUAUUAUGCAGAACUAAUGACUGCCAUACAUCAAAACAUCUCUUGUUAUUGAAAGAGGUUAUGUAGACAGUAAUCUACAUAAAACUAUCUCUCUAUGUCACAUACAAAUACAGAUAGGAAGGAGUCUUUGCACACCUUAUACUUGUGGCUUUAUUGUAUAUUGCCAGGAAUUAUAGAUAUCAAAUGGCCAAGUACAUAUGGACGUUCCAGUCAAGCUAUGUGUUCUCAAUCUCAGCCCUAUAACUUUGAAGGUGCCCAAGGUAUAGCAUUUUAUGGACUGCUACACCUGGAACAUCCUUAUGCACGGUGAUACAUCCUGUUAGAAGCUUCUCCAUAGUAAUCUACUGAAUUUUCUCUGGCCUGUCUGCUUGUGAGUCACAAGUGGGAGAAAAUAUGUUGGUCUUAAAAGGACAGUAAGUGAAAUUACCGAUGAUGUUGGAAGACAAACAAGUACGGCAUGGGCCUGCAUGUAAUUAUAAAGUCACAUGGUAACAUUAUAGUCAACACUAAGACUAUCAGGGGAAUAAUGCUUAGAGGGUGAAUGAUAACUACAGUUACUAAACAGGGAAUCAAUAUUAUAUUAUGCGAUGGGGAGGCUACAAGUCGACAGGUCAAAAUCAGUCAUACCACCCGCAUAUGGCAUUUUGUCGAUCAUUCAUUAAGGUAGAGGUAAUUACAUGUAUUUGUACCAAAAUCAUUGUGAAAUAUAUAAAUAAUUGCAUAAAUAAAGUGUUUGUUUUCCAGA